GAUGGGGAAGUUUUCUCCCCAUUCCAGCGUCCAACAGACGCAUUCGCUUAUCUGCUCCACACCAGGAAUUUGAGGGUAUUUCUUUUUCUCUGUCGGUGCAGAUACAAACAGCCGAUCACGGCCGAUGGCUCAGCCCUCCUCCUGAGACCCUCCGCCUGCCGUGAUGCCUGCCUUCAGCCCUCCCGCUCCUCUCCUCCAUCUGCUGCUCUGUGCUCUGGCUGCCGACCUGCCUCUGGCUUACGUCGCUCACGGCAACUUCAUGUACUACUCUUGGAGCCAGGACGCUCAGCCGUGCAGCGCAUCCUCAGUGUCCGACUGCCGAUGCAAGAACUUCCAGCUCUCCACCGCACACUGGCCCCUGUCUCACUCCGCUCCCGUUUUCCCCAGGAAACAUCUGACCGUUUGGUUCUCGUCGCCGUCCACCGUCAUGCGUCUGCUCAACAACUCGGUGGUGAAACACCUGACGCUCAUCCACUGCGGACCUCCGGGAGAGGCCAGGGGGGCGGCUCCUUCUCCUCAGGAGGGGUAUUUCGCAGUGAAGCACCUGGAGAGGCUGACGGUGGUGAACGUGCCGGAGAGGCCGUUUCAUCCCUGCGCUGAUGCAAACUGUGGCAAAAGCGCGAGCGCUAACCAAGACAGAGAUAACAGCUUUACGUUUGACUCAAACAAAUCCAACAAGGACCGAAACACCAACAUGGACCUCGUCGCUGAGGCCAUGAGAAGCUCUCUGAGAGCUUCGUCGCCCCGGAUCCAAGACAUCUUCCUGGGCAGGGAGCUUGGGGCGGCGCAUCACGAACAGGCCCGGCUGGGGAUCAUUCACAGCUCGGUGCUGGACUGGGGAGCAGAGAUCAAAACCUACACGGUGCUCACUCACAUAGACAGUGACGGGACGCUGCCUUUCCCCAACCUCCAUCUGGCAAAGCUGCCCGAGGCGUCCGUCAUCUAUGUCAGCUUUGUGUACUGAGAAGAGAGUUUUUUUUAGAGGAGGAGGGGGAUCCACUGAUGGCACAAUGCAGGCGUCUACUUGUUGUUGUUUUUUUAGCCUGCGGCUUCACAAUAUUCUCCAUAUUCCAAUGAACUCUGAGAUAAAAAAAAAAAGUCAUUGGUUUACAUAUUACACUGUCUUUUUAAGCUCCCUAGUUCACAGACAUCACAAUUCUUAAAUAAUCUGUUUGAAGAAGUUCUUGAUACAUCAGAACAACAAACAUUUUAGAUCCUAGUUGUUUUUGCAUCUAUCUGCAUAAAACUGAGAAGAACUAAAUCAGCCCCCAUGCAGCCCACUGCUCCCCAAGGGAUGGGAUAAAUGCAGAGCACAAAUUUCCUUGGAAUGUAUGCUGCAAUAAUAAAGAAAGAUCAUUAUUAUUAUUAUUAUUAUUGUAGAUAAAGGCCAAUAUUAGAUAUAUUGUAAAUCGCAUCUUUCACAGGGUCAGUGAACGUCAGGCUUAAACACAUGUUAACAAGAGCAAUAGAUCACAAAGUGAUGGUGGGUCAUGUUGCUUUGGGAUUUGCUGAUACAGAGCAGUUCAAUCAUUCAAAGCAAGUUGUUCUGGUCCGGUGGAUACACCACCACCCAUGAUUUGACCAAUGUCUAACUAAAAGAUGGUUUAAAACUAAAAGUCUUUACCUGCUUUUUUUAAAUGCAUAUGCCGGGCCAAGGCAACAAACGCAGACAGGUGUUGCACGGCCUACAGGCGGCUGCUUCAGCGUGGUAAAAACUAUUUUCAUAAACUCCUCUUUUAUUGCAGUCGCAAUAAAAAAUUUUCACAAUAAAUACUGUUGCAAACAACGAUAUCAAUUUUAGGUAAACAUUUUUCCAGUGGGGAGAAAAAUCUGUCUUAAUAAAUGAUUGUUGUCCUAGUUAUGUUUUGCUUUUCCGUUUGUUGUUUAGUUUUUAAAAUAGAUCAGGUUUUCUCAGAGCUUUUAAUCAGCAAUCUGACAGCUUCUGUUUCUCUGGGAAAGGAAGCAUUAAUGAAAUCUGCAAACCUCACGGUUAGAGAACGGCAGUCCAGAGUGGCUCCUCAGGGUCACCAAGCCUCCAUAACAACCAGCAGAUUUUAUCUGCACACCGACAGGUUGCUUGGUAAAGCACCUCAUGCUCAUGAUCGUUUUAUCUGGGCUUUUCCCAAAAGGCAUGGGAAACUUUGAAGGCAAGGCAAUUUUAUUUAUGAAGCACUUUUCAUUAACAAGGCAAUUCAAAGUGUUGUACAUGAACAAAAAAAAACAGAGGACGGGAAAACAUUACAGAGGAAAGCACA